AUGAGAAUGAUGGAUGCCAAUGCGUUAAAAGUGGCAUCCACUGUACCGGAGUCUUCUCAAGAUCCGUUGUAUUUGAGUACGGAUGGGUUGGUAAAAAGGAUUAGCAGUGGUCAACUAAGUAGUGAUGAAGGCAGUAACACAAGUGGUGGGGGAAGUGAUGAUAGUAACAGUAGUAGUGGGGGAAGUGAUGAUAGUAGUAGUGGUGGAAGUGACAGCGAUGAUAGUACUGUCCACAAGAGUAAAAACGACCAUACAGUUGGCGUUGCAGUCGGUGUAGCAGUUGGUGUUCCGGUUUUUCUUGUCCUCGUUCUUCUUGGUAUACUAAUUUGGAUACUAUACCGUAGAAACAAGAGGGAAGCAAAGAAUGACCAUGAUCCUGAUUUUACUGGUGAUAUUGAAGAUCUAAGCAAUCUAAAUCAAUUAUACGACGAUUCUCAUUCAUCGAGCGCAGCUGAUGAAGUCAAGGAGAUGGAUGAUUCUGAUUCUUAUCUGCCUCCUAGAGUCAAGCAAAGGAUGACAAGACAGAGAAUUCAAAGUGUUGAUCCUUUCCGAAUUCCUGAAAGAAACGAUACCACUACUAUCAGAGAAUUUGGUAGACAGCACGAUGACGCAUAUGGUCCUUACAAGAUCGCCGCUAACAAUAACAAUUUGAGCUCGUACGAAUUGUCAUAUCCAAGAGGUGGUCAUCAUUCCUACACAUUCAACGCAUUAACAUCAAAGGAACACGUUCACGUUCACAAUGCCGCUACAUCUCGUUCAAGUAGUAUUAGUGAAGGUGAAAAUGCUGAUGGCGAACAAGAGGAAGAAAUGUUAUCGGUGAGACAAAGUCCAGUUAAGUCAGUUGUUGGUCAAGUUACUAAGCAAUAUGCUGAAGGUGAUAGCGGGCUCGAUGCAAGUGAAAGUAGAUUAGAUGAUAGCGCGGCAAGAUCAAGAGAUGCAUUGAUUCAGAAAAAUCGUAGUGGUGAAGACAAAGAACCUGAAUCUAAUGAAACUAGUUUUGAAGUCGGAAAUGAAGACGAAACUGUACCGCCAUUAAGCGAAAGGGAAGAAGAGGAUAUCAAGAGAAUGAAGAGUAUUUACAAAGUGUAUUAUGAGAAUAGGGAUAAAAACAAGGAUAUUGAAAAGGAUAUGGAUACUAAAGUCGGUCAGUACCCAGAUCUGCCAACGCUGGAUCCUUCGGCAGGUAAUGAAGAACAACCACCAGAACCACAACAGCUAGAACAACCCAAAUCUAGUAAUUUACUGACGAUUCCUGGUGGUAACCAAGAUGCUCUGGCACAACGUGCUUCGUCUAUCUAUUCAGCUGUGCCAACACACGCAUCUGUAGACAGACAGAAUUUGCAGCACGGUCAACAGCUGACACUAGAACAGCAAGAGCAGCAGUUACAACAACAAGAACAACAAUUGCGCUUGCAACAACAGCAAUGGCAACAAGAAGAACAACAAUUUCAGGGGCAAUACCCGAUGCAACAGCCAAUCUACGAUGCCCAAGCUUAUGCAUCACCUCAGUUUUUCUCUCAACCAUCUUUCACGCCUCAACAAUAUGCGCCAUCUCAAUUCUCCUCACCUAUGCAAUACGCACCACCACAAUCUAAUUAUGGAUACUCGAACAUGCCUCAGAGAGCCCACCCUCAGACUUUGGAAAGUAUUGAUGAAUUGCCAACACCAACAAAUCUCCCCUACUCUUCAUCCUCACUUUCCUUGACGUCUUUCAAGUCGAGAGGUAGACAACUUGCAGCAUUGCCAGCUUUGCAAGCAGCUAGAGUCCACGGUACUGCAUUGAAUCCAAUGGAUCAUCCAGAAUUGUUUUAUGCCCACAAUGACGAUACCACUCAAACAGGAUCACCAUUAGCACCUUAUAAGAUGAGACAAAGUGUCGUUAUGACAAAUCCAUCCGAAUUAACCCUACCGACAAAUUUCAGACCUGCUGGUUCAAUUAGAAAUGUCAGCGGUAUGAACACAAGGAAUAACAGUAUAACAACACAGAUGAAUCCUUAUUAUAGACAACAAGCUGCAUACAAUUCUCGUGUCAGUGGUCUUCUUGCAGAAGAAGAUGUCCUACAGCCACCAAGUACUGGUGGUAUUCUACCACACACUGGUUCUAAUGACGAUUUGAGAAGACAGCUGGGCUCCUCUCACAACUAUAAGAUUGUAUGA